UCUUUUUCCUUCUCAUUCUUUGUUAUAACGCCUCCAUCAUCACCAUUAUUCAUCUCCUUGCUUGUACUCAAAAAACCAAAACAAACAAAGGAAAAAAAGAGAGAGAAAAAUAAUCUGUAAUCAUCUUUCAGGUGUGUCUUUCCUGCUGCUGGGAAAUUGGAAGGCUAAACUAGGUGCUACUUCAUUCCUUAAUUAUUCUUCAAGCUUUCUGAUAAGACCAUAUUCUUCAGUCUUCUCUGGUGUCAUCACCAAUAUCAGGGAAUGCUGAAAGAUGUGUUUGAUGGUUAAAAUUUCCUUCAUUGAGGCUAAUGAAUUCGUGCCUCUAUCUGAGCUUCCCUCAUUCAAUCCUGAUAACAUUGGAUGUUUAGUCCAUUGCUUGUAUCUAUUUCUCGCUCAAGCAACUGAGGUGCCUAGAAAUCUCAGUCAUUGUACAAUCUCAAAAUACUAUGACUGUGAAGAUGGUUGAGCUUUGAAUUUCUUGAGUAGCACUUUCCUGCUUCUGGCAAAGUGAUUGUAGCAUUCUUUACGCUAAAAGUGUGUGUAGAAAUGGAGCAAAAAGGAGGUGUGCUUAUGCAACGAUAUGAACUAGGGAGAUUACUAGGCCAAGGAACUUUUGCAAAGGUUUACCAUGCUAGGAACCUCAUAACUGGCAUGAGCGUGGCCAUAAAAAUUAUCGAUAAAGAGAAGAUUCUGAAAGUUGGGAUGAUUGAACAGAUUAAGCGUGAAAUUUCAGUGAUGAGACUAAUCAGGCAUCCACAUGUGGUUGAGCUUUAUGAGGUGAUGGCCAGCAAAACCAAAAUUUACUUUGUCAUGGAGUUUGUAAAAGGCGGUGAGCUAUUUGACAAGGUAUCAAAAGGAAAGCUCAACCAGGAUGAUGCUAGGAGAUAUUUUCAGCAGUUGAUCAGUGCUGUAGACUACUGCCAUAGCAGAGGUGUGUGUCAUCGUGAUCUGAAACCAGAAAAUCUUCUACUGGAUGAAGAUGGGAAUUUGAAGGUCUCAGAUUUUGGGUUAAGUGCCCUGGCCGAAACUAAGCACCAAGAUGGGUUACUCCAUACCACAUGUGGUACCCCUGCCUAUGUCGCUCCAGAAGUGAUAAACAGAAGGGGUUAUGAUGGAGCCAAAGCUGACAUAUGGUCAUGUGGGGUGAUCUUGUAUGUUCUAUUAGCUGGUUUUCUUCCAUUUAGAGAUCCAAAUCUGAUGGAGAUGUACAGGAAGAUUGGCAAGGGAGAAUUCAAAUUUCCUAACUGGUUUGCACCAGAUGUGCGCAGACUGCUGUCAAAAAUCUUGGAUCCAAACCCGAAGACUAGGAUAUCAAUGGCAAAAAUUAUGGAAAGUUCUUGGUUCAGAAAGGGGUUACAGAAGCCCACCAUUACUCAGAACAAAGACGAAGAACUAUCCCCUCUGGAUACUGAUGGACUAUUUGGUUUUUGUGAGAAUGGAGAUCCUAUUGAACCAGCAAAAGACUCAAAACCCUGUAAUCUAAAUGCCUUUGACAUCAUCUCCUAUUCCUCAGGUUUUGACUUGUCUGGUUUGUUUGAGGAGACUGAUCGAAAGAAAGAAGCACGAUUUACAUCUGACAAGCCAGCCCCCAUUAUCAUCUCCAAGUUGGAAGAAAUCUGCAAGCGCCUGCGGUUGAAGCUCAAGAAGAAAGAUGGAGGUUUGUUCAAGUUGGAAGGUUCCAAGGUAGGCAGAAAAGGGCCUUUGGGUAUUGAUGCUGAGAUUUUUGAGAUCACCCCAGUUUUCCAUCUUGUGGAGUUAAAAAAGUCUAGUGGAGACACAUUGGAGUACCAGAAACUUUUGAAUCAGGAAGUGAGGCCUGCACUUAAGGACAUUGUUUGGAACUGGCAAGGAGAACAGCCACAUCAACUGCAACAUGGUGUAUUGCAGAAAGAAGAACAAGAACCUUCUUAUCCUGCCAUAUCAGAGCUUGUGCCACAACCAACUGCGUAGUGAAUAUUAUGUCCCUAAAUUUGUUUUUAUAUUGUCUGUGAUUUAUGCUCGUGGUCAAGUGCAAACUGUCAUGUUGAUAGUUGUCGCGGAAUAAGGUGGUUAAGCUUGUAGACAUUCUUGCUCAGCUUAGUUAGUUGCUUCUUUUACAGUUUGUGUCUUCUGUGAUCUCUGCAGUUGAGCCUAUUGACUAUGUUAGAAAUUACAUCAGUAUUUUGUGGUGGAAA